UUAAUAUCUCACCUCAUCUUCAGCUGGUUGGGUCUCGCCUAUAUAAACAGAGCGCGCAACGCAAAAGUAGGCAAAUUAAUUCGGAAAAUAUGUUCAAAUUGGCACGUCAAUUGCUGCCCCAGCAGCCUCAUAUACUGAGACGUCUGCCCCGUUUCAUUUCCACCAGUGAUGAGGCCAAAUCUGGGGACACAAUUGGAGGCCUACCCACAGAUUUGGUUAACGAGCAGAAAUUGAAGAAAACUUCCAGAACCUUAUCGACGCUACAAAAUCACUCGGCACCCAUUGCUGCUCGCGUCACGGUAUCCAAAGAUGAGAGUCGAGACUUUAUGGCUGUGUUUCCAGAUGUUGUGCGUGACCUCACUGGAGUGACAAGGGCAUACAACUGCAAUGAUGCCGCCAAUUGGUUUGCCAGGGUUCUUCAAUAUAAUGUUCCCCGGGGAAAGAAGAAUCGUGGCAUUCUAUGCGUCUUGACCUAUAAGAACUUGGUCCCAGCCGAUCAAAUCACACCAGAAUCCCUGAAAUUGGCUCACUACUUGGGCUGGUGUGUGGAAAUGCUACAAAGUUUCUUCAUCAUGUCGGAUGAUGUAAUGGACAAUAGCACGACUAGACGUGGUCAGUUGUGUUGGCACAGAGUGGAGGGAGUUGGUUUGACAGCCAUCAAUGAUACCCUUAUGGUUGAGAACGCAAUGUUUGCCGUACUAAAGAAGCACUUUAGUCAUCUUGAUUGCUAUGUGGAUUUAAUGGAGCUUUUCCAUGAGAUAAGCUUCAUAACCACUUGUGGCCAAACAUUGGACCAGAUUAAUUCACAUCGAAAAGUCUCGGAAUUCACAAUGGAUAAUUAUAAGUCUAUUGUCUAUAAUAAGACUGCCUACUAUACUUUUUAUCUACCAUUUGCCCUGGCCAUGCAUUUAGCUGGUUUCAAAGAUGCCGAAGCUUUUCGCCAGUCAAAGACCAUACUUCUUGAGAUGGGUCACUUUUUCCAAGUGCAAGAUGAUUUCUUGGAUUGCUUUGGCAAUCCGGACGUAACUGGCAAAAUUGGCACCGAUAUCCAAGAUAAUAAAUGCUCUUGGCUGGCCGUUGUGGCCAUGCAGCGUGCAAAUGCCGAGCAAAAACAAAUUAUGAUGGACUGCUAUGGCCAGGAAGAUCCCAUAAAAGUCAAUCGCAUCAAGGAUCUAUAUAAAGAGCUCAGUUUGCCUACCACAUAUGCGACCUUUGAAGAGGAAUCUUACAAUAUGAUUAAAACCCAUAUACAACAAACAUCACGCGGUGUCCCACAUCAGAGUUUCUUGCAAAUCCUUAACAAGAUCUAUCGACGGGAUUCCUAAUCAUUGACUUUUAAAUGGCUUGUCUUAAUAUUAAUAUAAGUAAAAUCAAAUGGUUGGAAAGCUUUACGGAAUGAUUCAACAUGUGCCAGCUCUUCGUCUUUCUCCAGAAGACAUUCCUUCCAAUUGACUUUCUCAUCGCAAUUCAGCAAAUUCUCCGAACAAAAAACGUCCCUGAAAAAAUAAAAAUGAUAAUAGUUGAACUGAAA